AUGGUGCUGGUGGUAAAGGCACUUGGGGAAAACUGCUCGAUACUGAUGGUGAAUCUCAUCUUGAUAAAAAUGAUCCCAACUAUGAUAGUGGUGAGUUUUUGAGAGACUGGAGUCAAUUAUAUGAGCCUUUAACAUCUAAGGGAGAAGGAAGCAUGAUCAAUUGAGCCAUUGAGGAACAAUCAGCUCCACCAAGGUGUGUUGAUUGUACAGUUUUGGCAUGUUAUUGAUCUUAUUGACUGUAUGAUCCGAAUACUAGAAGCUCUGAUUUGAUUUGGAGAGACUUCCUGUAAAUGUAAUGCUUGUUUUCCUUGAUCAAACUCCGGGCAUAUAUGGGUGAGGUGCGAUAUUGGAACAAUUUAAGGUAUGAUCAGUUUAUUUUUAAGUGAUUCAUAGGAGGUAAAGAACUUAAAUGUUGCAUCUUUCUCACAAUUUCAUUUUUAUGUUUCUUAGUAUUUUGUUUUGAGUAGGAUGUGGCAGGGUAAUUUCUUUUGCAAUUAGCGACUUCCAAUCAGUCCAAUUGGUUAGCGGUAAGGUAUGAUUUUACUCUAACCGUCUCAGAUCCUACUUUGUGGGAAUACACGGGAUAUGUCGUGGAAUCAGUCCAAUAAGGUAAUUAAAGUUUAUAGUUUCUUAAGAAGUGUGGGAUAGACAAAUUAAUUCACUUCACUGGAUAUCUUAUUGAAUUACUACUCUACUGGAUUACUAAUCUAAGUGUGGAAUACACAAGUUAAUUAAAAAAGUUUAACAAAGAUACACAGUUCUAGUAUCUUACGUCAAAAAGCUUGUCCAGACAAAAUUGACACUUAACAGUCAAAUUGGGAAUGAUAAAAAGCAUAUGGAAAAAAGCUAAAUAUAAUCAAUGAAGUAUUCAAUUUGAGUUUACAUUUGCCCUUUAUGUACCUUUCAGUCCAGGAAAGAUUAGCAUCAUUAAUUUUGUCCUAUAUUUAUCCCGUCUCUCUAAUGGAUGUGCAACUUGGCUGUGACAACUGCCAAAGUGGACCCAUGUAUGCAAACAAAAUAAUCAAGUUACACCUAAAUUAUCAAUUUGUUUAAAUGCUACCAUGUUCGAACAGUUGUAAAGAUCCAAAGUCCAAAUAUUCGUCUAAAUAAUUUAGCUAAAAUUUUCCAAAUAUAUUCCAAAAGUGAUCAGUUUUUUGGACGGAGCAAACAACAAUAAGAGGGGUAUUAUUUAAAACACAAAAUAAUAAAACAUGAAAAAAAAAAUUAUCUUUUCUUAGUUAUUGAAAAAAGAUAAAUAAAAUGAGAAAUUAAAUUAAGAAAUUUGGAACGGAUAAUUUGAGAUGAAGGAAGUAUCAACUAUUCCAAAAAGGAAAAAACCAUAGAAUUAUUUCCUUUCCUUUUAUAGUCGUGAUGUCGGAACUUUUUGAAAGGGAAACUUGGAAUUACCGGUAAAGUUUAAAUGAAGAUUUGGAAUAACUAGUAAAGUUGUUAUCAUAUGAUCAGAUUACAGUGGCAGAGUCAGAAAUUUUCUGCCAAUAAUUUGACUGAGAGUACACGACUGACCACACUUUGAUAUAGAUAGCUCCGGCGCCUAUGAGAUUAUAGGUUCAAAGAGUCUCGUGGUCCAGCCCACCCACAUAGAGAAUUUUGCAUACACGUUAUCUACGUAUAGAAUUCUCCAUACACAAACCAAACCAUCUAUCUUCAAAACAAGAAAUCCAAUUUUUUUCCGAAUCAUGUAUAAUGCAUCAACCAUGAACAUAAAUCUCCAUAAACUUCCUUUCCUCCUUUCUCUCUUCCUCUUUCUUUCCUUUUUAGCAUUUCUCUCCUUGCGCUCUCUCCACAAACCCACCGUAUUACUUCCACCCGACCUCCGUAUCCGACCCGGUUACUCAUCCUACGAUGCAUACAUCGAGCGCCAGCUCAACAAGACCCUCAACCCGAAACUCCGACAUAUUUGGACCACCCGAGAUUGGAAUCGAAAGGUCAAGGUCUUCUCCGAAUUCUUCAACAAUCUGAGAGUUGGAGGUUUUUUAUUCAAUAACUCGAAAGCUCUUUGCAUUGGCGCGCGGGUCGGGCAGGAAGUAGAGGCAUUAAAACGGGUCGGAGUUGAUGAUUCAGUCGGCAUUGAUCUGGUGCCGUAUCCACCCUUGGUUAUAAAGGGCGACUUUCAUCAUCAGCCGUUUGAUGAUGGGAGUUUUGAUUUGGAGUUCUCUAAUGUGUUUGAUCACGCGUUGUAUCCGUUGAUGUUCGUUAGGGAGAUCGAACGGACGUUGAAGCCUGGUGGGAUUUGUGUGUUACACCUGUCGUUAUCUAGACGGGCGGAUAAGUAUUCCGCGAAUGACUUGUACAGUGUGGAACCACUUAAGGAAUUGUUCAAAGUGUCUGAGUUGGUUGAGGUGAGACGUAUUGAUGGAUUUGGUUUGGAUACUGAAGUGGUUUUUAGGAAGAAGAACAAGUAGUAAGUGAAAACGAAACAUCUUAGAUCAAUAGCGUGGUGAGAUGCUCCAUCCCUUGUGUCUAAUUCUUUCAUUCGUAUCUAUUUCCUUGUAGAUUAUUUGAAGAGACAAUGUAAACGACUAUGUUCAGUUUUUAAAAGGUAUUUGACUAAGCUUAUAACUA